AUUCUGAGCAACAAAUUCGACUCGACUCGAACCACAUACACACAAAAAUAAAUUUUUGGAAAAAAUAUGUCUAAUAGCGUAAAUGCUUUGUUUCUUAUGGCCUUGGCCUUCACCACCUGGUGCGUGAGUUGCUAUAUUAAUGCAAUUGAGAAAAACAGACGCGCUGAGGACUUCGAUGUGGAGCUGUACACAGAAGACCCUUACCUCACAUCCAAGCAAUUGUCUAGCGAAAACCCCGCCUCAGAUGUCCCACGAUAUACUCACACCUUUGAAAUGAUGGCCAGUUUUGGCAUAGUCUUAUGCCUCACAUAUGCAUUGGUCAAGGUGUUGAAGUUCGUGGAGGCGCGGGCCAUGGUAUUGUAUUGGCAUAGCAUGGAGCAGGAGGUGUUUAGUGCGCAGCAGGAUAAUCUCAUUCUGCUGAAUGGGCAGGUGAGGGAAAUAAUAAAAAACUUGCGGAGCAGAUGUGAGCUGAUGAAACAAAUGCAGAAGAAACAACAGCCCAGCGAUCGAUUGGAGCUACAGACCAGAGGCAGUGGCUGCUCAGUGCCACAGGUCAUUGGCGGUAGCUCUUUGGAGCUCCAGUGUAGCGGCAGUUCAGGGACUAAUCGCCGUAGCAAUGAAAAUGAUGACUCGCCUAACGAACUGUCGGACCGAGAGAAGGAUGUCUGCUCGGGCUCGACCAGGGGUACCCACAGAGUGUCGAAAGUACCGACGGCUACCACGUCCCCGUCCAACACGGCCAUUUACAUCAACUGCAGCCAGCUCCAUAUCCAUGGAAAAAUGCUCAAUACGGAGCCCAUCAACAUGGACCUGGUACGCGAGUCAAAGCUGUAUGCGAGGCAGCCCAGUGCUUUCCUCCAGGUGUCUGAUAACUUCAUAACCGGGCCCAGGGACAGGCUAAUGACAGCAGGCAGCAGUUUCAAUGUAGGCCUGCCACCGCCAUACAUUUCCGCAGUUGACAGACCGAACUAAAUUUAAAAAUAUACAAUGUAAACAGCUUCUGUCGGCACCAAUUUAAAUGUGGCUCGCUGUAAUCGGUUAUAUG